UGAGAGGUGAUGUGAUAAAGGACUAACGCUGUGCACCAUUUUCAGAGACCCGUGCAUUAAUCCUCGGAAAUGGGGCUUCUCCCCGAUGAGGCAAAAGUUCUCCCUCCACCGGGAAUCAUAAACAGAAACUCGGUAUGGCUCGGGUUCACCGGCUGGGCCACAGCGAUGCUUCAUAACUCGCUUAACCGAAGGCCUGCGAUCAAAGCGGGUGUUCACAGACAAGCAUUGUUCAUAACUAUUGGCUGGUUCCUCGGCUACCAUUUAACAAAGAUUGAAAAUUACAAAUAUGCCAAGCUGGACAGGGAGAUGAACGAAUACAUCCGACUACACCCUGUAGAGUUUCAGGAGACAGAAAAGAAGACGUUUGCAGAGAUCGUAGAGCCGUUUCAUGCUAUCCGCUGAGUGGAGCUGCUUUUCACAGAGGCGAAGAACAUUUCUGGAAGCCUUUUUCUGUCUACCAUGUUAUUAAAGUGUAUAACACAUGACUUAUUGAAUAUUUUGUUUCUAAUAUUUGAUUAAACAAUUUAAAAUGCA